AUGUUACUGAACCCUGGGCUGCACCUCCCAACCCCUCCCAACCCCAACCCCCAUCUCAACACCCCUCCCCCUCCCAACCCCUCUCAACCUCUCCCUGGUAUCGUGGUAACCAUUCUAAACAGAUCUCUACCAGGAGGAGACUCAGAUCUCUACCAGGAGGAGACUCAGUAUGUUACUGAACCCUGGGCUGCACCUCCCAACCCUUCCCGAACCCCAACCUCCAACUUCCAACCCCCAUCUCAACACCCAUCCCCCUCCCAACCUCUCCCUGGUAUCGUGGUAACCUUUCUGAACAGAUCUCUACCAGGAGGUGAGACUUGGAUCUCUACCAGGAGGAGAUUCAGGUAUGUUACUGAACCCUGGGCUGCACCUCCCAACCCCUCCCGAGCCCCAACCCCCAACUCCCAACCCCUCCCAACACCCAUCCCCCUCCCAACCCCUCCCAACCUCUCCCAAUCUCUCCCUGGUAUCGUGGUAACCUUUCUGAACAGAUCUCUACCAGGAGGAGAUUCAGGUAUGUUACUGAACUCUGGGCUGCACCUCCCAACCCUUCCUGAGCCCCAACCCCCUACUCCCAACCCCCAUCUCAACACCCAUCCCCCUCCCAACCUCUCCCAACCUCUCCCUGGUAUCGUGGUAACCUUUCAGAACAGAUCUCUACCAGGAGGAGAACUUGCUGCUGCAGCACAGGAACUUGGGGUCGCCCACCCUCCUGGCUACCCUGUGUUUACAAUGCUGGCCUGGUUGGCUAUACGACUAGUACCGGGUGGAAGUGUGGCGUGGCGAGUCAAUCUACAGACGUCCAUGUUUGGAGGGGUAGCCAUAGUGUUUCUAGCACUCACUGUUCUCAGACUGACCGGCCGCCCAUCAGCAGCUGUGCUAGCAGUAGGUAUGUGGGGUUGGUGUAAGCUUACCUGGGCAUGGUCCAUCACGGCCGAAGUCUUUGGCCUCAACAACAUGUUCGUGGCUCUGCUCAUGUUCCUGGCUCUGAAGUUUGAGGACGCUGAUAAGCAGUCACAAAUCAAGAUGUCACUUGUGGGAUCAUUCAUGUGUGCUCUCUCACUGUGUAACCAACAUACCAUGGUCGUCUAUGUGUUUUGUCUGGCAGUCUGGGUCAUUUAUACUCUUCACAAAAAACAGAUUCUAUCUUUCAGCGUGUUGAUGAAGAUUGGUCUGUCCUUUCUGACUGGCCUUUUGCCUUACCUAUAUCUACCUCUGUCCAGCUGGUUUUUACGGUCAAGGUGGACGUGGGGUGACCAGAGGUCACUGGCUGGACUGCUAACUCACCUGCUGAGGAGGGAGUAUGGCACAUUUGAUCUGGGUAAAGGCGAGACAGGCCAGGGGCUGAUGUUUGGUAUCAGUGCUUACAUGGAUCACAUCCUAAGUGACCUAACUCCGGUCAUCUGUGUCCUGUUCCUCCUUGGACUGGUUGCUGUCACCUACAGACACCUAAAGACAAAAGAGAGAGCGCUCAGUGUAUUUUUCCUCAUGAUGACAAUGUACCUGCUGUUCUUCUCUUGGAGGGCAAACCUAGACCUUAAAAAUGCUCUCUACAUGGGAGUGGUGGAGCGAUUCUGGAUGCAGAGUGAUAUGAUCGUCGUUACCAUAGCAGCAGUGGCAUACAGUGACAUCAUCAACUACUUUUUCUGGAUGACAAAGAUAAAACCGACCUUUUUUGAUUACGCAAGACCAGAUUUGCUUGUGGCUGUUCUCUUGUCAGUUUUCCAACUUCAACGCCAUUACAAUGUGAGUGACCAGAGCGGGAACUGGGUCAUCCACGAGUUUGGAGAAGAUGUCCUGCGGACGAUGCCACCAAAUGCCAUCAUCCUGACCAAGGGAGACCUCCCAUCAAACACUUUCAGAUAUUUGCAUUUGUGUGAAAAUAUCAGACCUGACAUUCAGAUAUUUGAUCAAGAGAUUUUGACGUACGAGUGGUCAGUACCCAUGCUGGGAUGGACAAUGCCAGGGAUUACAUUCCCUGGAGAUAUGUUUCACCUUGCCACUGGCAGGAGGAAGGAUGGCCGAAUCUCUUUUACAUUUGAGAGGUUUCUUGAUGUCAAUUAUGACAAAGCCCCAAUAUUUGCUUGUAUUGGAAUCCAGGACCAUGAGAACUCCUGGCAGAAUGGGUAUACCGUGGUACCUUAUGGAUUGUGUAGUCGUUUUGUGAAGAAAGGGACAACAUUUGACCUCGCAGCUCACAUCUCAUCUAUUAGGAAAAUAGCACAGAACUGGACUCAUCCUCCUGCUGGAUUUUCUGAAACUUCUUGGGAACGUGUGACAACUGAUGAGAUGUGGAAUGCUAAAAUCAGCACAGCCUACUACCUGUAUGACAGAUCACAGGCCACAGAUAAUGAGAAGGAGAGCAAGGAAGCUCUCAUUUCUUCUUACCAGUUGUACACUGAAGCCAUCAAAACAAACCCUGGGUUCCCGGCAUACUGGCACAAAAACUACGCCCUGGCCUGCGAGAAGAUGCUGCAUGUAUCCCACAACUACGACAAACAGGAUUUAAUCCGUAACAUCGUCCAUCACUUCGAGAUAUUCCUGAAACAAGAGCCGAAGGAUCCGGACAAACAACCUAUCCUACAAAUCAUCGAAAUGUUCAAAAAGAGGCUUCAUUCUUGACACCGAUAUGUUGUAGAUAGUUAAUGUAUAAUUAAAGUAUUCAUUGUCGAGCAGUGAUGCAUCCAUGGACAUGUACUUUCAAUACACCAGUGUGUUUUACAGGAUUUUUAUCUACAGUUACAUAUCUUUAUAAAUUCUUGUUUUAUUUACCAGGGUAUAUAAUUAUAUAUUUUUUUAUUUUUAUACUAUAUAUUUUGGUAAAGGUGAAGAUCAACUAAGAUCUAUAUAUAUAUUGAUAUGUAGUGUGUUACUGGCUGAUGCCUUGAAAUCACAGGGACUUGGCGCUGAUUACCAACCCCAUGGUACAUGUAUUAUAACUGUGGGUUGAAAAUUUGUGCCAAGUUCCUGUGCCUGAAUGUUUUUAGUAUUUCUCAUAUAAAUUAUAAUAUAAAUUAUAGGUUGUUUAGAAUAAAGUAGUCUACUAUGUUGAGAUUAAUUGAUAUUUUGUAUUGUUGAAAAUAUCUGUUCCAUAAUACUCCAGGGGUUAUGUUCACUUUCGCUUUCUGUAACCCUGGAAUAUGUCAGGCAAAUUUGAAGGCAUGCGGCAGGCUACUUGGGUUAGGGGAAAACUUGCUUGAUUGCUAAGCUGAUGACAAUUAGGUCAACGGAACCAACGCCUGUUAAUUUAAUUGUAUGACAAAGUUGAGAUUCGUCUGAUGUACAUCAAAGGAUCAAACGUGUCUUUUGUUCUAUCAUCCACAUGAUGGCGGUGACUGAGCCUUCAAUUCAGCCAUGACAUAUUCUAGGGGCACCGAGAUCAAAAGUGAACAUAACACCAAGAGUAUUGAGGAUGACAUUUGUACUGUUAAA